AUGAGAAAUUUAACUGAUUUUACGGUGUUACUUGGAGUGGUUUCUGCAGGCAGUUGCAUUGCGCCUAAUGUGGUGGGGCUGAGCGGAUGUUCAGUGUGUGGUGCAUCCGAGUUGGAUGGUAAGUCAUGUGUGCGAGGCGAAGGUACCGGCAAGCGGUAUUUAACUUGUUACGGGUCGGUAGCGCAGUGUUGUAAUGACCCCGAGGUUUUGAAUAACCUUACGCCGAAGAACUGCAUUGCUGACUUCAAUAGCUCGCGAUGCGACAAGUAUGUCACACGCAACAAUAUGUACUCGAACGCAGCGUGUCAAGAUGACUGUCGAGUUCUUCUGGCGGGUGGUCACGACCCUGAAAAGGACGAUGAUCUCCAAGCCAAGUGUCAGUAUGAGCAUUUUGAAGUUGACAACAACAGCGUGGUUACCUCUGGUGUCUGCUUCAACAGCUGGGUGCACGGCUACAGCGAACCGGAGACUCUAUCGGGCUACAAAGUGAUCGAAGACGUCAACACGCCCGCCCUGUGCCAAGCAGAAUGCCAAAACGACCCUGAGUGCGUCCGAUUCUUGUGGUCCUUUGACUCCGUCAAAAGUAGUAAAUUCGACCAGCCCAGAAGGUGCCACCUCAAGAACGCCACCCAGGUGGAGACGGCCUCUGCAAUAGUCUACACGUCCAUCGACAACCCCCGAAACUUCGAUGAAGAUUACUGCAACACUCAAAUGAGCAUCGAGUGCUGGACUAAUCACUAUGAGUGCGCACCCUGUCAAGACGGCAAGAAACACUGCAUCUGGAAAAGCUCCAAGCACGUCGCCGGCUGGAAAUAUUGCCCGGAUCAUGACUCCUGCGCCGUACCUGCAUUCGACUCCACGACUCCGGAACCUGAAGCAACUACAUCCCAACUCACGACUGCUGCCACCACUACACCGAAACCGACCACUACACCGAAACCGACCACUACACCGAAACCCACUACCACUACACCGAAACCCACUACCACUACCACAACCCAUAAGACCGUUACCAAACCUCGGAAGACCACUGCCAUGACCCAACCGGCCGCUUCGCCCACUACCAUCGCCACUACCAUGGCCACUACCCUGGCCACUGACGACACCACUGCUAAGACCCCAAAGACCACCGCCAGAACCCAGCCGGCCACUUCCCGCAAAACUACUGCAGAAUGCUCUACACAAGGAGACUGCGACACUCCUGCAACCACGGCGAAUGAGUGCCACGACAGUAUAUCACCAGGGUGCAAACCAGAUCAUAAGGAGUGCGGACACGAUGAUGACUGCAAUCGUAACUGCGGCCACGAGGGAUGUGGCGAAGACCGUGGAAUUGCGCUUGUAAUUCACGAUCAGCCCAAGAAGGUUAGGAUUGCAAUCGACAACUAA